CACACAAAAAUAAGCUAAACAACAUGAUAGAAAUGUCACCACCAUCUUGCUCUCUCAUAUUUGGAGUUGUUCUCUUGUUUUUAUCAGUAUUUUCAUUUACAAAUAUUCAUGCUCAUCAUUGCACUGAAGGAUUCUUGUCAGAAGCGAACCAGAGAAAUCUAACUAUAACAUUUUGCAAGCGAUAUAAAGAAAGCAAUGCAGUCGAAAUAGCGAUGGACCUACGCGAAAAGUCUCGAAGACUUGACGUAAUGGUGGGAGCUAAGUUAGAAAAAAAAACGGGGUGGCUGGCCUGGGGUUUGAACCCUGGUCCAGAAGCUAGAAUGGUUGGGACACAAGCUCUCAUAGGUAUCAAGAACAUGAAUGGGGAAUUACUUUGGGAUAAAUACAACAUCACAAGGUUUACCAAGAUAGGUUGUCAACUCUUGCCUUCUGCCAUUGACUUGAUCAUAAGCAAUUCCACUUUCAAUUUCAGUUACAUUGAACAUCUUCAGUAUUAUGUCAUACAAGCAACUAUUGUUCUUCCACUGAAAUAUGAUGUGUCGAGAUUAAAUCAUGUGUGGCAAGUUGGAAUUGAUGUGGCAGAAGGAAAGGAACCAAAGAUGCAUCCUAAAGAACUAAGGAAUUAUGAUAGCACUGAGACAAUUAACUUGAGGACUGGCAAAGGUCGAGGCAAUAGAGUUCAUGCAUCUUCUCGAAUAAGAAAAGUUCAUGGGAUAUUAAAUAUUAUUGGGUGGGGUACAUUGCUACCUAUUGGUGUGAUCAUAGCAAGGAAUUUCAAAGAGUUUCCAUUACCUUGUCCGAGUUGGGAAAAAUAUCAUAUUAUAUGCCAAAGUGUUGGAUACAUUGUGGGUUCAACUGGCUGGGCUGUUGGAAUAUGGCUUGGUAGAACAUCCAAAUAUUACUCCUUCUCCACACAUGGAACUUUUGGCAUCUUCAUUUUCACUUUUGCAACCCUACAAAUGCUGGUUUUCAUAUCAUUUAAACCGGGCGAUCAUGCCGGAUUUCGUACGUAUAGGAACAUGUUCCAUCAUGUUGUUGGAUAUUCAUUACUCGUUGUGAGUGGUAUCAACAUAUAUAAAGGGAUAAGCAUAAUGCAUCCGGAUGAUCCGCACUUGCUACCUAUUUAUUUCGGAAUAGCUGGCUGCCUGGCUUUCAUCUUUCUAGUCUUUGAAAUUGUAUCUUGGUACAGAUUUUUGCAUGUCAAGUUUGGUCUUGGGAUUCUAUGUGAAAAGAACUUACCUUCAAGAGAAGAUGGCAAAGUUCAGCCUAGUGAUACACCUAAAAACAACUAAGAGACACCAAUACAGAAGCAACAAGGCAGUUGCUGCCGUUUAUGAUAUAGUACGUGUUUGCAGGGUCGGAGGUAGAGGGGUGCAAGGGGGUUCAAUUGAACACCCUUCGUUGGAAUAUUAUACUACUAUAUUAAUAGGUUAAAAAUAAUAUUUUUCCAUUUAUAAAAGUUGUUGAAUCCUUUUAA